UGUACAAAGACAGAGGAGCUGCUCGCUGCGUGCCAGUGUUUUGGUGCACACGGAGAAACUCGUAUUGGCGAUGCAUUUAAAACAAAAAGGACACAGCUUCGGUGUUCUGCUCAUUUACACCUUCACUACAAUAGCUUUACCUCCAGUGGGCCGGUGUGAGCCUGCUGCUCACUCCUUCCAAACAAACCCUCAUCCCGCUGUUUAUAAUGACAGGAGCCGCGUUUUAACCACCGCCAGCCGCAGCCGGGAGGUCAGAGAGCGGCUACAGCUCGGCUCCAGGCCCGGAGAACACGAGUCCGGAGCCCCUCCAUACGCCGAGAGGAACCAGGAAAACUGGGACGAGACGACCGCUAACGGCUCUGGAGGAAGGCCCGAACAGAGACUCAAACCCAGAAUGGCGCCUUCUUCAAGUGAGACGAGUUUAAGGAACCGUUUAAGGCAAACGGAGCACGAGUGGCUGUUUUCUCACCAUGGCCCCCCAAAUGGAAACUGCAGCAAAGGGGAAAUUAAACAAGUAGUUCAAGGAAAGUUCUACGUGACUGGACAGCUUGAAUCCAACAGCCGUCAUCUGGGCUUCCAGUCAGAUUCUGCUGUUUCAGUCCAGGCUCGGGGAGGCCAGACGAGAGCCAGAGGUCAGCGGGUCAGCAGCUCAGUGGCGAGCUGGCAGAAGCUGCACCCUGUGGUGGAGUGUGGAGACGACGGCAUGACCCUCACUGUCAGGAGACGACGAGCUGCACUACUGCUGCUGGACCGAGCAAAUGAGUCAUCGCUACCCCUGUCCCAGCUGCCACCACAGUGCGGUUACUCUGUUCAGACCACAUGGAGAGACCUCAGUCUGAUGGCUCCGUAUGACGCCUGCUAUGUCGCUCAAGAGGCUGACAGCUAUGUGUUGCCCCUGCUGUGGCUGGGGACUCCAGUCAAGAUGUCCUGUCCAGUCUCUCAGAUCACACCCCAGCCUGUUGGGCCGUCCUCGCUCUGCUGCUCCCCGUACGGCAUGACUGUCAAGCUGCAGGGGCUGACUGCCACAGAGGAACCGAAGAUAGAUGUGAGAGGAGAAUGGACGUCUUUGGCGCUGCUGGUGGAGCAGUGUGGCUACACUUUGGACAAACAGGAUGCAGAGAUUGUAAUGGGUGCUCCAUUCAUUACGUGUGGUAUAACCGUAAAGGCUGGAAAAUACACACUUUCUCUUCAAAUAGGAAAGAAGAUCUUCACACUGGCUUGUCCUGUCUCACCCUCUGAAGAAGUCCCCAUGACCCAUCAGCGUCGGGUUGGCAGUCCACCUCAUCUAGGAUCUCUGGAGUCUUUUCUGCUGGCCCCACCUUACUACCUGGCCCCGCCUUACUAUCCUCACCCUACAUAUGAACACAGUUUUGCCAGUCCUGUAGUCCAUAAUUCAUACAAUCGUCCUUCUCCAACAUCUUUGCCUGCUGAAGCUACAUUUAGUGCCCAGCCUCUCCCGCCUGUUGAUUCCCAGCCCAGCUAUCAGGACUACUACUCCCACCAGAUUCCUCCAAGGAAGCCAGAUGAACACUUCCACACUUCUCUGACUUCUAGAGAUGAAAUGGAGGAUUCAAGUCAGUUGUAUCCAGAUCAAAAGCAAAAUGAAGAACUUCCUCUAUUAGAUCUCUCCGAGAAGCACAGUGCUACUCCUCCAGGCUUUCCAGCUCAGGCUGAAGCUCCUCAUGUCCAGCCUCCGAGCCAUGAUUUCAGUCCAUACUACCACUACUACCAUCACCCCAAGAUCCCUCGUCCUGGCCCACCUCAAGGCCCUGGUCCAGGGUCAGAGGAGUCUUUAACGAAGUAUCAAAACCGUGCAUUUCCAGUGUUGCCUCCCAAUAUCCAACACUUUGAUCCACAUGCUACAAAGACUAGUUCUCAUCCUUUCACCCUCCCAACAGUCCGCAUAACCCCUUCCCUUAAUGUACCUUACCCUCUACAGCCUUAUCUAUACAACUACUUCUAUUACUAUCCACAUAUUGGGAUGGGAAAUGUUAAACAACUGGUUGAGUCAAAUCCCGACACAGCUCCAAAGAUAAAUUCGUCCUCUGUCCACUCACUUCCUCAUUCGCCAACGCUUUCAGUCCACGACCAACGCUACGUGAAUCCUUACUCACGCGAGUCAAGUGCAGAUAAAACAGCUGACACUGGGAAAUACAGCCCAGAAUGGAUCACACAUACAGUUUUUCUGGAUAACGAUAAAAGACUCUCUGCAUCUGUGAGCUCUGCAGUGCAUCCUCAGGUCCCAAAGAGUCACCAUCAUGGACCGAACCCUGUUACAGUUCCACCGCCUGAACAACCCUCUCUCCCCUCUCCACCCUUCAUCUAUAAUCCUGAUCAUUACCACCACUACUACCAAACGUAUUAUGACUACUAUCGGAUGUUUUAUGGACCUGGGGGUUUGCUCGGCUCAGACAGCCAUGUAUCUCCAGCGUCCAAAACUCCAGACCCUCGGCUUCAAGCAUUUCCCUCUCCAACCCAGCAACCAUCCAAUCAAGAACAUCCAACCCCCACUCCAGAAACACAAUCAGCAGAUGAUAUUCAAAAUGAGCUGCUCCAUCCUUACUACUAUUAUUACCACCUCUACUACCAGCCUCAAGCGUCCAAAGACAACCAGCAGCUGGAUCCUACAGGCAGCGAGGACUCUGAAAAAGCAGAAUCUGAAUCUCAGCAUCCCUCAGACUUUGAUGCCAGAAUGAUGGAGUGGUUUGUUCAUGGCCCCGAUGCAGGAUAUUUCAGCAUCCCUCUGCCAGUGCACAGUCCUGUUCAUAGCCUAUAUUCCCAUUAUAUUACUCAGCAGCCUGCACAUGAUCCAUUUCUGCCGCCUGGUGGAGAAGAAGCAGUGAGAGAUCAGUUGAGGACCAACAGAGACGCUCCCUUCGCUUCACCCUGUGGCCUUGGACCUGUGUCAGAUUUUGACUGCAGUAACUCUUUAGGCUGUUGUUCACAAAGUGUGAAGGACUGUGCUGUGGGGCAGUAUUUUGUGUUUGCGGUGCCUGACUCUGUGCUGGAGCCCUCAGUGGUCCCUCCUGCCCAGUCCUCUGAGGACACUAAUGUGUCCUGCAGGCUGCAGAGGCUGACCCCUGACCUCGACAUCUACAUCGUGCCCCAGGAUGGCUGUGGAGUAAACAAACAUAUGUUUGGUGAGACAGCGCUUCAUCUUUUGGAAGUCCAUGGUAUCCAUUCUUACCCAGACAGCAAUUCUGCACAUGAGAACUCACCUGUCAGGUUGAUGGUGGGAUGUAGUUCCUCUGCUGGUUCUCCAGGUGAAGUGUGGUUCCAUGUGAUGAAUCAGCCUACUCUGCCUCCCGUUCAGCCAACACCAGCCACUGUCACUGUGCAGCUGAGAAUUGCCACAGAUGCGUCCUUCGCCAGCUUCCACCCUGAGGCUCACCUUCCUCUCAGCCGAAUGCAAGGCAGACCGUUGUUUCUGGAGGUGAGCCUGCUGGAGUCCCCACAUCCAAACCAGGUGCUGCUGGUCCACUCCUGCCUGGCUUACACUCAAGUUCCAUAUGCUAGUUGGAUCCCUGUUUAUGAUAGCUGUUCCAUUCAGGGUGUUUCACAGCUGCUUCCUUCCCCAAACCCCCACCACAUCCGGAGGAUCCUAAUUUCCACUUUCGUAUCUCUUCCCCUGGAGGGUUCACCUUACACUGGUAAAGGAUACCCUCUCCUGCAGGACCCAGAGAUCUACUUUUUGUGCCUGACAGAAGUGUGCUCUGCUGCAGACAGUGACUGCACUAUACACUGUUUGAAAGGUCCAAACAGUGAUGAGUGAGCAAGGAAAUAAAGACACUUUCACACAGCUGCAGUUUGUUUUUGUGGUUUUAUGGAAACGGGUACAACCUUCUACAGAAUAUUAAUUUCUAAAAUUAUGAACUUAACAACAUAGUGCAAUGCAACAGUUAGUAAUAUAGAGAAAGAACACAAGAACUUCAAGCAGUUUUCUUUCCAAACAGGACACUGUACAUGAAGUUGGUCACAGAAACAGAAAAUUGUAGGAAUGAAAGGUUUAGCUUUACUGUUGGUCUCAGUAUUAAACAUGCAUAUCCAGAAAAAUACAAUGCUCCACAGCUCUGAAGCAUUCCACUUGAAACAUAAAACAGAA